AUGCAUCUCAAAUAUCUCGUCACCCUUCUGGGGUUUCAACAGAUAGUUUCGGCCUUUCCGUUGCAGCUGGCCCAAGAUGGCGUGGCGGUCCCCCAGCAGCAGGCACAGGCUCAAGCGGCGGACAAGAAGAAGGGCAAGGACGGAAAGGACGGCAAGGAAAUGAUCACAAGCGCCCUGGAGCAGGUCAUGGGGGUCCUCAAGAGCCUCGACACGGCCAUCAACAACAUCAACCCCAACGAUCUCACCACGGCACAGCCGCUGCUCAACCUGGCGCAGUCGUCCAUGAACGUCUUCCAGGAGGCCAGCGCCAAGAUCCAGGCAGCUCCGAAGCUGGGCCUGAUUGACUCGCUGUCCAUCGCCCAGGCGGGCCAGGGGCUGGGGGACCAGGUCAAGCAGACGAUUGGCGACAUCGUCAAGAAGAAGCCCGUGUUCGACCAGCUCGGCGCCAGCUCCCUGAUCAGGGACCAGCUGGUGUCACAAAAGUCCCAGACCGGCGGCCUGCAGGACAUGCUUCUCUCCAAGCUGCCCGCCAUCGCCAGGCCCAUCGCCGAGAGGCAGAGCAAGGACAUCACCAAGGUGGUCGACGACGCCAUCCAGACCUACAGUCAGCCGCCGGCCAACUCGCCGGCCAACUCACCACCAAAGGCCGCACCGUCGCCCGCCAGAAGCCCGACUCCUCCUCCAGCAGCAGCUCCGUCUCCGACUCCCCCGUCCCCUGCGCCCAAGCAGCCGAGCCCUGCUCCAUCUCCACCCCCGGCUGCGCCUAAGCAGCCGGCUCCCGUUCCUUCACCCGCGCCUGCUCCUAAGCCGGCCCCAGCUCCUUCCCCAGCUCCUUCCCCGGCUCCCGCGCCUGCUCCUAAGCCGGCCCCAGCUCCUUCCCCAGCUCCUUCCCCGGCUCCCGCGCCUGCUCCUGCGCCUGCUCCUAAGCCGGCCCCAGCUCCUUCCCCAGCUCCUGCGCCAGCUCCUGCGCCUGCUCCUUCCCCAGCUCCUGCGCCAGCUCCUAAGCCGGCCCCAGCUCCUUCCCCAGCUCCUGCGCCAGCUCCUUCCCCGGCUCCCGCGCCUGCUCCUGCGCCUGCUCCUAAGCCGGCCCCAGCUCCUUCCCCAGCUCCUUCUCCACCUACGCCCGGUCAGCCUGCUCAGCCUGCUCAACCUGCUCAACCUGGCCAACCUGCUCAACCUGGUCAGCCUGCUCAACCUGGCCAACCUGCUCCCGCUCCUAUGCCAAAACCACCAAGUCCAAAUCCUCCUCCUAAUGUACCUAGUCCGGCUCCGGCCACCCCUUCUCCGCCCCCCAGUGUGCCCAAGCCUCCCAACGUGGACUAA